AUGGACACCUUUAUGCCUGCGUCGUCGCUCGAGUGCCAAUACUCGUACAAGCCGUGCUCGAACCCGCGCACGACCAAGCGCAACGGCAGCCUCCACUUGCUCUGCGAGUUUCACCGCCAAAAAGCCAACCGGAUCCAGCAAGUCUACACCAACAAGAAGCGCGCGCAGCGACAACACGCUGCAACCAAGGCGAACAUGCAAUUGUCGCUCAAGGACGAGCCCGCGUUGCCGUCGAGUCCAAUGGAGCUCGCACCGCACUGGACAUCGACCGAUGUGUUUGCGUCGCUCUGGAGCGACGAGAGCUUUUCUCCGCUCUGGAAUGCUGGGUCGCCGAUCAUGACGCACGAAGAAGUGGCCAUCCUCAACGAGCUCUUUUAG